UCGAUACCCAUGGCGAACGCCGUCGGAAGCUGCGACUGGUUGUCAGGCAGCUCAGUUGUUGGCCCACUCGUCGCCACAGGUGCUUUUAAUUUUGCGGCUUUGUGAACAACCUUUGGACAGGCUGUGCGUCAUUCCGCUUUUGACCCUGUGGCUUUGCGGGUCUUCCAAGAUGAUAGGGACGUCGCUGCACGAGUUCGAGUGCGCCCGUCUGAUGACGAACGCAUUCCUGGCGGUCGUCCUAGUGGGCAGGUCGUUCCUGGCCCUGCCACUGCUGCCCGUCUUCCUGCGCUACCUCGGCCUGACGGCGCUCGAGGCGGGUCUCGUUUGCGCCGCCCAGGCCCUCGUCGAAAUGCUCCUGACGCCCGUGUGGCUGCUGGCGGUGCGGCGCUCCGGCCUCCGCCGCCGGGCCCUCAUUGUUCUUGGCCUCGUUCUUGCAGCUGCCCUUCACGUUUGUCUCGUCUUUGUGCCACCCUCCGGCACGCCUCAGGACGUGACUCACUGCCUGGCAAAUUCGAACGCUACAAUACCCCCUCCAGUGAAUGGGGUGAUGGUCAGGGCGGCCACCGAGGCAGCUACGUCUUCCCGGCCUCCAACCUACAAAACCUUUGUCCCUAAAAGACCGCUGACCUCAAAGGCCACCCCUGUCAGUGCCACCGAGACCGCUAGAACAUUGCCAACCUCAACGACCCCUACCAUCAUACCCUUCGUGGACACAACCCCAUACUCUGUACCGGCAAGUGAAAAUCAGCAACCGUUGUACGAGGAUGAUUACGGAGGUGGUCAGCAGAGUUAUCCUAUGCCUGCUAUUCAAGAUCCACAAACGAAGCGGCGGCCGCCGAUUUACGACUACCACUAUGCAGACUACGCCGCCGAACCAGACUCGUCUUGGCGCGGCCGUCGAUUGGCCUCAGUCGUGGCCGUCCCACACCUGCCCACCUCGCCAGUGUUCAGAGCAGCAUUUGUCCUCUGCUGCCUGGCGGCCGCUUUGGCCUGUUUGGCUGAGCCGGCCGUGGCCGCUCUCUGGCGCCAAAGGCUUGACGACGCCGAACACCUUGAGUUUAGUGGCGAGCACGUGGCCUGGGGGCGCCUUCUGGGUGCCAUCUGCCUUGCAAUUCUGGCUGGUGCUAUGGCGUGGGGAGCACCCUGUUUUGUUGCUCGGGGACUCCACCAAGAGGUUUUGCACCCUUUAGCAUCAGCAGGUUCUUACGGCGUGGCCGCCUUUCUUGCUCUGGUGCUACUUCCUCUACCUCCUGGAAAAUUGGCUGCCCCCAUCAAACGCACUGCCCCCGCAGCCCCUUUGCGCCUCGUAGCUCGCGGAUUAGCGGCUGGACUUGCAGGUCUAGCCUUUGGCUCUGGAGUGACUUUUAUGCUGUGGCACGUGGCCGAACUGGAGGGAUUCUCCUUCAACUAUGAACUGCUUUUUGGCGGAUUCAUGGCUGCUGAAGGUCUUGUGGCUCUACCUGUUCUCUCUUGGGCUAGAGCGGCACCAAAUCCAGUUGGUGCCUCGAUUGGUCUGUUGGUUUUGGCCCUUGAGUUUGGUUUGGCGCCUCUGCUGAUCACACCCACGCCAGCACCCCUCCUGGGCGUUCUCCAGGGUGCAGGUGGUGCGCUCUUGGAACGCUCCCUGGGCUCAGGUUUCGGCUCGUCGUCUUGGCGCUUGGGUUUGGCCAUUGGCACCGCUGCCUCCGGCGCCUGCUUCCACUUUGUGGGCGCCAGACCAACCCUCUGGAGUGCGGCCGUGGCCGCUGUCGUGGCCGCCCUUGCUGUCAUCAUUGCUGGAAGGACACCCCCUGUGAAGCACCGCCGUCGUACAUACAACCAACUGCUGCUCUCGGACACGCUGGAGGUGCUCAAGCCAGAAAACUCGGACUCUGAGGAAGGAGAAACCGACUGGCUGGAGCGCGCCCUCCGAGAAGAAGGCCCGUCGGGAGCCCCUGUCAGCUGAGCGGUGCAAUCAGUGCGCGAGGACGCUUGAAUCGUUCACUCUGAUAAACGAAUAAUUAUGCAAAAGAAAGAGAGAAAGAAAGUAUGGAUGCUGUGAAAAGAGAAUUAAAAAAAAAUGCGCCAGUGCAAAAGUAAUCUGAGAUAUAUAUGCUGUAACUUUAUGUUUUUUUGAGUACAAGUACUAAAAGUGAAAUAAGUAUAUUUUGCUGCUGACGUUUUCCCACAGAAAAUUGUUUCACAUUGGUGAAAUAAGACAAUUAAGUGGGAAAAGAGCCUUAGAGUGUUUAAUGAAUUCCCUGAACAUGCUGAGAAAAAGAUUUAUGGCAAAUAAAAAAUAAAAAAAAAAUGGAUAAAAUGUAUUUUAGACGCUAUAUAAUGUCAAGUGUUGUUGUUUAAAAUAGCAAGUAUGUAAUAUUGAUAAAGAAAUAUCAAAGAAUAAAAAUAUCGAUAGUUUGUUAGGAAGCCUAAAUCUGCUGAAAACACAAAAGGCGCUUUCUUCAAUAUUGGGCCCAGGGUCCAUUAAAAAAGUCUACGCUCAGAAAUGAGCGUCCGAUGGUAAAACAAAAGAAACGGUUUAUUGGAUGCGCAACUGAUAAUAAAUUAACAUUGAACUUAUGAAGGAAUAUAGCUUUUUAUUUAGUAUGACUCUA